GAAUAUUUUUGAUAUGAUGAGAGGAUUUUUUUUCGUCGCCGCUAGUUUAAUUGACUUGUAUGUAAUUACUCUGCCUGCAGAUGAUUUACAUGAUCUUAGUACGAAAAUAUCUUCAGGAAUUUAUGAGUCGAAUUGGAUUGGAAGUUCGUUGUCAGUACAAAAGUCAUUAAUUAUAAUGAUGUGUCGCGCACAAAAGCCACUUGUCAUUAAUGUCGAAGGUAUUUUGCCUGCACUUACUUGCCAGUUUUAUGCAGCCUCUGUAUCAUUUAUUGUGUCUUUUUUUAUGACACUCCGGGCAUUGGUAGUCGACAAAUAAAAAAAAAAUAAAGGUUUAAUUAAAACUCAGGUAA